AAAAAGCAAUUAUAUUUUAUCCGUCCUGAUGUUAGAAAAUGUUCAUCUCCACAUUGCGGUGGAUACUUUUUAAAGAAGAUUAAUGUUCAAGAGGGUGCCCCAGUUAGUGAAUUAGAAGAGAUUUAUAUUAGUGAAGUAAUGGUAUCAGACCCAUUAAUAAACUCUACACUUUUAACCGACCAAAAGCAGUAUCAAAUUGACCAUCCUAAUUCAAUAAUUGUAAGUGGAGAGAUUGCCCCAGACCACCACGAUGGACAGUACCAUUGCCUUCAUCUUACAGACAUCUAUCACAAAUUGCAAUUACCAAUAGAGGCCAAUAAAGGACCAAGACCAUUGGUUGUACCAUUAGAAUCUUAUUAUUUUUUAAAGCCAUCACCAUUAGUAUGUAACCAUUUAGCAUCAAAUUGCCCAAGUGUUGUCAUACUUAAAGCAAAUACUCAAGAAACCAAAUUUAUUUCAUCAUACUCUGAACCAUAUACAAAAUCUGUUCCAUUUUUAGAUCAAAAAUGGUUUACAUCAAGAUUACUUUCACAAGACCCAACCUAUAAUGCUCUUGCCAAAGGUUAUAUUUUAAAAGAUAAAUUAAUCAUCUCCUCUGUCUUUAGUAACACAGCUGACCCAAGAACCCCAUGUGCAAAAAUGGUAGAUGCCACAAAAUGCAAUAUUGCUAUUGGUCAAGUUCCAACAUUUAAUCGUGACCAAGACCGUUGCCCAGUAUUUAACAAAUGUGUUCAACGUGGACCAUGUCAUUUAGGAAUUCCAUCGUGCCCAGAAGGUUAUAGACUUUUUUCACUUCCAUCAGGUUCUAAAGGUUGUCCCAAAUACUAUUGUGAUGCUGAUGUUUUACCAAACCCA